AGAAAUUAUCAAAAUUAUUCAUCAAAUGAAACUGGCCCUAAGUCCCUAGCACGCCUAAGAGGCGGUAUUCACCGACUGACAACCAACAUCUUUUUUGUAGGUCCAAAUCACAAAACUGAACAUGUCUUGGUUAUUUACAAGAGAGAAAAAAGAAAAUCAAGAUACUCAGGUAAAAUCUUCUGAAAAUGAAGCCUCCCCGGGAUCCUCUGCCUCGGAUAUCCUCUCUCAAUCAGAGUUUGAUCCUGCAAAGCUUCAUCCUUUGGCGGAAUUAGACAAGCCUUUGGAUUAUUUGCUUAUUGAAGAAGAUGCUUUGAGUGCUUUGCCUGGUGAUAGUAUGGCAAUCCCUUCUCGUGGUUGGCAAGACGAUCUUUGCUACGGAACCGGUACAUCGUAUUUGACCGGCUUAGCGGUUGGUGGCGUAUGGGGUUUGAAUGAAGGCCUAAAGAAAACCAGAGACAUCUCUUCCUCUAGACUUCGUUUGAACGGUGUUUUGAACGGUGUCACACGUCGUGGUCCCUUUGUCGGAAACUCUCUUGGUGUGCUCGCCAUUGUGUACAACGGAAUUAAUUCCUUCAUCGGUUACAAACGCCAAAAGCAUAGCUGGGAAAAUAGUGUUGCUGCUGGUGCCUUAACUGGUGCUCUGUUCAAGUCCACUCGUGGUGUACGUGCAAUGGCCAUCAGUAGUACCUUGGUGGCUUCUGCAGCUGGUGUUUGGGCUUUUGCCAAGAAAGCUUUGACGAGCAAGAAGGACUGACUAUGAUUUUUGUUUAUAAUUCCUCGUGGUUUGCGUGUAAUUUCUUCUUACAAGUUAUGAGAAUUUCCUUUUUUUCAUCUCUUUUACCGUAAAUUGAACUGCAUUGUUUCAUCUUUGUACUUUUUUUACCUUGGUUUUUUUGACAACAACAAAAAUAAAAUAAGAAAUCUCUCUUGUUUGUAUCACAUUUGAUUCUAAUUUCUUAAUUGGUUUCAGCCUAUCUUCUUGGAUGCUGGUUUUCCACCUUGUUUCUACUUACUUACUUUUUAAAUAUAAUACGAGAGAAAUCGAUAUUGCAAGAAAGUAAAGUCUAGUCUAGUCCCGUUUGGCGGACCAUUUACAUUCUUUCCAACGUUUUUUGGUCAAUGGAUGCGAUAAUAUACAGCUUUACCUUGCUUUUUUGCUUAAUGAUCGCCCACAAAAAUAUAAACCAUCUUUACUCUCUACUUGAUCCUUAUUUUUACCUUUUUGGGAACUAUGCAUGUCUUUAUCAUCAAUAAAAUUCCCAAAGUAUAUUCACCUUUACUACUAAAUUCAUUCCACAUCUUCUGUACAUGC